AUGGGCAGCACCUCUGACGAUGUCCCGACAAAGGACAACAUUGCUGCGCUGUUGGCCAAUGAUCAGAUGGUCAAGGUUGGGUGUAUCGACAGCGACGGCGUCUUGCGAGGCAAAAUCAUGUCCACAGAAAAGUUCCUUUCAAGUAUCGACCAGGGCUUCGGCAUGAGCUCAGUCUUGUUUGGUUGGGACAUACAAGAUACUCUCUACACCACCGAGACAACCAUCUGUCCAGCAGCAGAGGGGUAUGGUGAUUUCGCCGCCAUACCGGAUCUUAGUUCAUUCAGACGUCUCCCGUGGGAGGACAACAUACCACUUUUCCUGUUUCGGCUGAUGUCGAAGAACGGCCCGGUUGCAGCUGAUGGGAGGGGCAUACUGAAAUCACUGUGCAACAAGAUUGGUACACGAGGUCUCAAAUCCCUCGCAGGAAUUGAGCUAGAGUUUAUGAAUUUCCAAACGCCAACCGAGGACGGGUAUUCCUCGUCAGGAUACCGCAAUUUGGCAGCAUAUCUAUCCAACAACGCUCCAGGCAGUCUUCGCACCUUGACCCAAGGAUCAUUCUGUUACAGCCUCACCAGGCCCAUGGCCAACAAGCAGUAUUUCCAUCAAAUCUUCAACGAUUCUCUCCGGUUCAAGACGGAUCUCGAAGGCUGGCACACUGAAAGUGGUCCUGGAGUAUUUGAAGCUGCUCUGAAGGUGCAAGAGAUUGAUGAAUUGGCAGACCGAGCUACCCUGUUCAAGCUUCUCGUCAAGUCAAUCGGAGUAGAAAGAAACAUCACCCCAUGCUUCAUGGCGAAACCUGUGCAUGGUCUACCUGGAAAUUCGGGGCACAUCCACAUCUCACUGGUUGAUAAGGACGGCAAGAACGCCUUUGCCCGCAAAGAACCAGACACGAACGCACAAUGGAAAGACAUUGAAAAUGUCUCGGAUAUCGGUCGACAGUUCCUCGCAGGCUUGCUCCUUGCACUCCCAGAUCUGAUGCCUCUGUUGGCACCGACCAUCAACUCGUACAAGCGACUCGUGGAGAACUACUGGGCACCAGUCAAUGUCAGCUGGGGCCUCGAAGAUCGGUCUGCUUCCAUCAGACUGAUCGCGCCACCCGUCUCGAAGCCAGGUGCCACCCGAUUCGAAAUCCGCAUUCCUGGAGCAGACCUAAACCCUCACUAUGCUCUUGCCGCCAUUCUCGGAGCUGGCUGGAGAGGAAUCGAACAACAGCUGGAAAUCCCCGUUCCACCUUGCUCUGCAAGGCUUGACAAACCGGAGUUACUGCCUAACAGUUUAGAUGCGGCUGUUGCCAGGUUCCGGGCGCCAAGGAGUCUUUCGCGAGAGAUCUUCUCCGACGAAUUUGUCGAUUUCUUUGCUGCUUCCCGCGAACAUGAAAUUCGACUGUACAAGGAAGCCGUGACCGAUUGGGAAUUCAAACGGUAUAUAGAGCUGGUCUGA